AUGACCUCUUCUCUGCUUCUGGCGACUACGAUCUUCACAAAAGAUGUCAUCAAACAAGUAGAAGAUGAUUUACCGAAGAUCUCAACUGCACGACUGUCGAGUGGGAAGAACAGAGAUUACGAAUGGCAGAUAGUAUGGAGAAACGUAUUAGGGUUCGUCUAUCUGCAUGCGGCAACUUUUUAUGCACUUUAUUUAACAAUAACGGGCAGAUUUAAAUUAUAUACUUAUAUAUUUGCUUUAACUUUUGCCAUACUCGCUGCAAUGGGAGUUACGGCAGGAGCACAUAGACUGUGGGCCCAUCAGGCGUAUAAAGCAAGAUGGCCGCUAAGACUGUUCCUGUGCGUUUUACAAACUAUGGCAUUUCAGAAUCACAUUUACGAAUGGGUGCGAGACCAUAGAGUUCAUCAUAAAUUCACGGAAACCGACGCAGAUCCACACAACGCCAAGCGUGGCUUCUUCUUCUCCCAUAUCGGCUGGCUGAUGGUUCGGAAACAUAAAGACGUCUUCGAAAAGGGCAGCACCAUUGACAUGUCAGACUUGGAGAAAGAUCCCAUUGUCAUGUUUCAGAAAAAAACAUAUUUAUUUAUGAUGCCGCUUCUUUGCUUCAUAAUUCCCGCGGCAAUCCCCAUUUACUUCUGGAACGAGGAUCCCUGGACAUCAUGGUAUAUUGCUGCUAUAUGGCGUUACACAUUAUCCCUUCACUUUACUUGGCUCGUCAAUUCCGCUGCUCACAUAUGGGGAAACAAACCUUACGACAAAUACAUAGGUGCAACCGAUAAUAAAUCUGUGGCCAUUUGCGCAUUUGGUGAAGGUUGGCAUAAUUACCACCAUGUGUUCCCAUGGGACUACAAAGCGGCAGAGCUGGGAAAUUACUCUACAAACUUGUCGACGGGGCUAAUCGAUCUUGCUGCAAAAUGGGGUCUGGCUUAUGAUCUGAAAACAGUAUCUGUAGAAAUGAUAAAGAAACGUGCGGCAAGAACAGGCGACGGUUCUCAUCCAUCUACUGAGCAUACCAACAAAUCUGAAGAUGAUCAUCACCAUCCAGAAAAUCCUGUCUGGGGAUGGGAAGAUAAAGACAUGCCUGAAGAGGACAGAAGAUACGCGGAAAUUCAUAAAAAAGUAGCAUAA